UCAGCGGUAUCGUUAGGGCGCAUGAGCCGUAAGCGUAAUCCUGAUGGGCGCUUGAAAAGCGACAAAAAGAAGAAAGACAAACUUACAAUAGAAAACGCACCAGAAUGCUGUAUUUGGAAGACUACUUAGAACUUAUUGAGCAGUUACCUGCUGAACUGAGGGAGCAGUUUACAGAAAUGAGAGAAAUGGACCUGACUGUUCAAAAUUCAAUUGAUGAUCUAGAUGUAAGAGUAAAGCAAUUUUUCAUGAACUGUAGAAAAGCCAAACCGGAAUGGAAAGAGCAACAAUAUAAACAGAUCAGAGAUGAAUACCAGAAAGCAGUAGAAGAUGCAGAUGAAAAAGUUUCAAUUGCAACUCAAAUUUAUGACUUGGUUGAUAAGCAUUUGAGAAAGCUAGAUCAAGAACUUAGCAAGUUUAAAAUGGAGCUUGAAGCAGACAAUGCAGGGAUCACAGAAGUUUUAGAACAGCGCUCGUUAAGACUAGAUGAACCUGUAAAUUCUCCAAUGAGUAAUAACCACAUAACAACGUCACAUAUACAGAAACGGAAGUUCAAUCAAAUAGAUGUCCUAUCAAAUGAUAUACCUAAUGGUGAACACUCCUUGUCUAUCGGAAGACGUGACAGCUAUUCUAGUAGUUACAGCCCAGCAGGCUCAUACAGCCAGAUGUCACCAUCGCCAAAAGCCUCUACUUCACAAGCAGCAUCACCCUCUUUGUCGUACACCAUUGGAACUGUUGGUCCUGUUGGCGCAGCUAGUGUACAAGCUAUGUCUAACUCCUUACAGUUACAGCAGAGCAGAAGAGUAGCAAACACCCUCAAGACGCCUUACGGUACCUCGUACAAGACCAGCUCUUCUGAUUACCUGGGGGGUAUGUCUGGGAGUAGUAAUCCAGGAAGUCUGAAUGGACUUCCCCCUGGUAAUUAUGACACGACGCCAACAGCUGUUACUGCUUCCUUGACUAUACCUAUCACUCCUAUUGACUCAUCACAACUAACGGUGCCCACUGCUGCAACGCAAAGAAAGAAUAAAAAGAAUAAAAGUAUGUCCUCUCAAAUGGCAACCACAGCAACAGCCUCUGCUCAAGUUGAAGCACAGGAAGCCGCUAAAGCUGCCGCAGCUGUACCAGACUGGGUGUACGACCCUAACGAGCCUAGAUAUUGUUUGUGUAAUCAGGUAUCUUAUGGAGAGAUGGUUGGAUGCGAUAACAAUGAUUGUCCUAUCGAGUGGUUUCAUUAUGGUUGUGUCGGGCUGACAGAUGCGCCAAAAGGCAAAUGGUAUUGUCCUCAGUGUUCAACACAAAUUAAGCAAAAGCGAAGCAGACACAAGUAGUAUUCACCAUGCUAGAAUAGUUGUUCUCCUUAAUAGCUGCAGAACUGAGGCACAGGCACAAGUGAUAUGCUUAAAGCUAUUGGCUUAGAGUUUCUUCUCCUUGAUAGCAACAGAACUGACAUACAGGCACUUGAAGUAUUCAUCAAGCUAUUAGGUUAGAUAUUCUUCUGCUUGAUAGCUACAGAACUGGUACCAGUAUACUAGUGAUACAUGCUAGUUCAUGCUGGUGGCAUGCACUUGAACACACUAAGAGUGUGUUCGUUUGAUAAAAACUUCAAAGCCCCCCCCCCCCCCCCCCCUACAGUGUACAAUCCCCAAUCAGUGACCCUUCUUUUAAGAACCCUUAGGAUUUGAGUGGAACUCAAUGAAAAAUUAAGAGAUCCCCUUAGAUGGCCC